CGGUAAGAGCCGUGCGCCGCUGUCGGGUUCCACGUGGUUUUUGCCGAGUUCCACCCACAUGGCUGCUCCAGCGGGUCGGCGGAAGAUGUUACCUGAAAGCGAUGAGGGAACUAAAGAUCCAGAGAAGGAAGAGAAACAAAAUGGCAUCCCUAAGGAAGAGAAAGCGAAGGGAAAGAAACGGGCUGCCUCGCCUGAAGGCCUCUUGAAGCCGGUGAAAUUGGGCAAAGGUGAGCUGUACAAGGUGCCCACCAACGAGGAGCUGAGCCAUCUCAAGGAGACCGAGAACCUGUUCCAUUCCAACCUUCUGCGCCUUCAGAUCGAAGAACUGUUGAAAGAGGUGACCCUCAAGGAGAAGAGGAAGCAGAGAAUCGAAGCCUUCCUUCACGAAAUCAGCACCCUGCUUAACAAUGUCCCAGAGGUUCCGGCGAGAGAUAUCACUGACCAGUCCUGGCUCCCCACAGGAGUGAAAGUCCCUAUCCUGCAGCUUCCUUUCAAGGUGAAAGGGAAGUUCCACUUUCUGCCCCCAGUAGAGGUGAACGUGGUAGGGAGUUACCUGCUUGGCACCUGCAUCAAGCCGGACGUGAACGUGGACGUGGCAGUGAUUAUGCCCAAGGAAGUGUUCCAAGAGAAGGACAACCUCAACCAGCGCUACCACCGCAAGAGGGCCCUCUACCUGGCCCACCUGGCCCAACACCUGGCUGGGACAAACCGCUUUGGGAGCGUGGCCUUCGCCUACCAGAAUGGCAACCAUUUGAAGCCCAUUGUGCUCCUCCAGCCACAAGGGAAGGACGCAAAGACGGUGAGAGUCCGCCUCCAUGCCUGCUCCGCGCCUGGCGUCUUCCGGCCUCUCCGUUUGCACCCCAGCAAAAACAACAUCCGGACUGCUUGGUUCACGGAGAAGGACUCGCCCGGGACAGGUAAACUGCGAAGACGUUCAGCUGGCGUUCCCCAACCAUGGCCGCUUUCAAACACGUGGACUCCGACUCCCAGAAUUCUGCCUGGGGAAUUCUGGGAAAUGAAGUCCACGUUGUUGUUUUUUUUAAUCAAGAUUAUGAGCCCUGUGUGUUUUUGGCUGUGGACGGAAGGUAUGCGUUUGUGUUAACUUUUCACUUCCUUCACCCUUUCCCAGGGUCUGGGAUGUUUCAACGGCUUCAUGGCCUCCAUGCUGGUGGGAUACCUCCUGGCCACCCACAAGAUCAGCAAAAUGAUGAGUGCAUAUCAGGUGCUGCGAAACGCCCUCCAUUUCUUAGCUACUACUGAUCUUACUACAUCUGGAAUCAGCCUCUCAAAAGACAGAGAACCCAGCCUGCCUUCCCUGACGGACUUCCACCAGGCCUUCCAAGUGGUGUUUGUAGACUCUUCUGGACUGGUGAACCUGUGUGCGGAUAUGACUGCCAACACUUACAAGCAGGUCCAGUUUGAGGCCAGGCAGUCGAUGGAGAUUCUGGAUGACAAAAGGGUGGAUGGCUUUCAGCUGCUCUUCAUGACCCAGAAGCCUCUUGUCCGGACUUUCGACCACGUGUUUCACCUCCGUCAUGUCUCCAAACUCCAGACGGCUUGCAAGAAGAUGCAGCUCCUCAAUGCGUUGAUGGACCGGGGCGGGAAUUAUGUGGCCGCCGUUCUCCCGUUCUUCCUCAGCUUGCUGGAGCGUGGACUGGCCCGGCGGGUGGCGCUCCUGGCUCAUCAGUUGCCUCAGACCCAACCGUGGUCGAUUCACCUGGACCCCCCAAAGCACAAAGACAUCAGUUCCUUAUCCUUUGGACUGUUGCUAAAUCUUGAUUUUGCCAACAGUGUUUUGGAGCGAGGGCCAGAAGCAGAUCAAGAUGAGGCCAUGGAGUUUCGGCAAUUUUGGGGGGAGCGGUCGGAGCUGAGGCGUUUCCAAGAUGGCGUCAUCUGCGAAGCCGUUUUGUGGGACGCUGCCAACCUGUGCCAGAAACGUCUCAUUCCGGAGCAAAUAAUACGUCAUAUCUUAAAGCUGCACCUGGACAUCCCAGAAACUUCCAUCUCUUAUGUGGGGGCCCUGCUGGAACCCCUAAUUAAACUGGGGCAUGAGCCUGCAGGGACUGGUGAGGAAGAGAUGGUGAGGCUGAUCCGCUCCUACGACGACCUGAGCCGCAAGCUCUGGCACCUGGAGGGGAUGCCCUUGACGGUGACGGCGGUACAAGGGGCUCACCCAGCCCUUCGCUACACAGAGACUUUUCCUCCAGUCCCCGUGAAACCAGAUUAUACCUUCCAUGGCAAGAUCAAAGACCGAGCAUCCUUUCUACCCAUGGCGGAAAAACCGUGUCCUGCUUUCGUGGCCCCAAUAAAAGUGAUUUGCCAGAUGGAGGGAAGCGGUCAGUGGCCUCGGAACAAGGAGGCCAUUCAGUGCAUCAAAGCCGCUUUCCAGAUGCAGCUGGCAGAAGUCCUGAACCAGCAACACCAUCUGCUGUGCCGGCCAACUGCCACCUACACCGAUAUACAUAAGGAUGGCUACGUCUUCCGCCUUCAAGUGGCCUACCACCGGGAAUCCCAGAUCCUAAAGGAGUUGGUCACCCCUGAAGGGAUGCUGAAGUACCAGGACACCCCAGAAUCUCAGCAGCUGGAACUGGAGACUUUCCAUUUGCCCUUCUUGACUAGCUCGCUCCACGGGCUGCAUCAACAAUAUCCGGCUUUUAGCGGCAGCUGCCGUCUCGCCAAGCGAUGGAUCAACGCUCAGCUACUCAGCGACAGCCUCACGGAGGAGGCCGUGGAUUUAUUAGCGGUUUUCCUUUUCCUCUCUCCAGCUCCCUUCACGGCACCCAGCUCUCCCCAGGUGGGCUUCCUUCGCUUCCUUCACCUGCUGGCUACCUUUGACUGGAAGAACAGCCCUCUUCUGGUGAACCUCAACGGCGACCUCAAAGGUGAGCAACGGAGAGG